GAUCUGCAUGCUCCUCACUCUGGUCCAAGGUGUGGGGUGUUUUUUCUGUAUUGGACCACUCUUUUCUCUCUUAAUACAAAGAUACGCAGCUCUCCUGCGUGUUCGAGAAAAAAAAAGCAGGAAAUUCAACUUCUUGUAUUGUCGCUUCUGCCACUCAAAGAGGCUGCAAGGACAAGCAUCCUGUCUAGAAGCUGGAGAAAGCUCUGGACACGUUACCCUAAUCUUUGCUUUGAUUACAGCAGAGACCGGUGCACUGAUGAUGAUAGUAGCAAAAUAGAAAGCGCAAUGUUCAUUGAGACAGUAAACUCUAUUAUUCAACAGCACAGUGGAAUAGGGUUCAAUAAAUUCAGCAUCAAAUGCAGCCUUUGGAAGGAUCACUCAGAUCAUCUUGAUAGGUGGAUUAGCUUUGCCCUUGCAUCGAAGGCUAGGAUUCUAGAUAUAAACCUGUGGCCACAAAGGAACAAUGUAGGACCAACCGGACAGGUUUAUCACUUCCCUCUUGAGGCUUUAGGUGCUCAAGAUUGCCCUUUUAUUCAGUCGUUGUUUCUCACCAAUGUUUCUAUAGAGACACCUUCAUAUAUAUGCGGCUUUGCAAAACUCAGGAAGCUUCAUUUGCACCGUGUUCAAGUAGUUGGAAAUCUUCCAGGGUUGCUAUUAAAUUGUUCUAUUCUUGAGGACUUGGCACUCAUCACCUGCUCUGGUGUGGCUGAUCUGAAUAUACCCCACCAACUUGAUAAACUUCGGCAUUUGCUAAUUUCCAAUAUGCGUGUCCAGAUGGUUGGGUUUUGUGUUCCUGAUCUUUCUUAUUUUUGGUACCAAGGUGCUGUGAUUCCUAUAGUGCUUGAUGGUUGCUCAAAAUUACAGAAGGCAAUCCUGACUUUUCACCGGAGGUGGGUUGAAGAAGACCACAUCAAAGUACUGGGCCAUGUAUUCAAUGGAAUUCCCAGUAUUUCAGCAAUGAAGGUGCUCAAUGUGCAUGCUAAUAUGCACAUCAAUAAACCGGUGUGGUCCUUACAGGUGCAUAUAUUGACAACAAGGGCAACAUGCAUGUUUAUGAAUUUGAGGCAUCUGGCUUAUGAAAUAACUAUUGUCACUAAGGAUCCAAAUAGUCACAGCGGAAUUCUUCAGCUGGCCCAGUAUUUGGCUUUGGCACCUCAUUUGGAGACACUGGAAUUACAUUUUCCUACCCUAUGUGCCACCUUGAUCACCUCAAGACGAUCUACAUGAGUGGGUUCCGUUGCUACCGGGCUCAGGUCGAGCUGCUGUGUGGCAUUUUGGAAAUGGGUGCUGCUCUCGAGCAUGUGACAAUUGAACCAAUAGUUAGAGUACCAUUUUGCCAUGCUUUUGUGAAUUUAGACAUACCUGAGGACAAGAUUUUUGAAUGGGCACACCAUACCUCAGAACGGUUCGGUAAAGCGAUCACUGUUGUAAAACGCCCUCAGCGGUGGUGCUGGUAGUUGUAAAACUGAUUUCAGAUCGAGUAUAAGCAAAGGAGUUCUUUUUA